GUCGGGGGCACCAACGUGAAAGCGAGUGAAACGGACGACGGCGCGGCGAGAACGCUGCGCGACCCCAUGACGACGAGAUGAAUGCAAGUGACAGCAACGCGUCCUUGCUCGAGAUGGUCCAUGACAUGGCCAUCCGCCUCAAGCAAAAGAAGAUGGAUGUUGAAGCGAUCGGGUGCUUGGAGCAGGCGCUGUGGCUCAGGUGGCGCCUCUUGGGGCCACAGAACGUCGACGUUCGCAGGUCGUUGCAGGAAGUUGUCACCCUGUACAACCAGCACGCCAUGGCUGUCCUCGGUGCCAACGACGUCGACAAUUGCCUGGACCUGCUCAAGAAAGCGGACCAGCUAGCAUCGUCCGACAAGUUUACUUUCACAGAGUCGCUACGCAUCCUCACGUACAACAAUCUCGGGUGCUGCUAUCGAAGACUCGGCAAGUUGCCCAAGGCACUCAAGUACCUCCACGCCGCCGCCGCGAUAGGAGCCGAAACCACGCACGUCCACAACUUAUCCAUUACGUUUCUCAACCUUUGUGCGAUUGAGUCGCAAUUGGGCCACCAUGAAGCUGCAUUGGAGCAUGCCCAGUCGGCCAUCUUGCACGCCCAGGACGAGCUCGUUGUCGACAAAGUCGACGUUGACGACCGGCUGGACGUGUUGGAUGCCACGACGGAAGAGGAGAAAAUUGUCGGCCUCGCGAUUGCGUACCACAACAUGGCCGUGGAGCUCGAGCACAACCAAAAGGCGGACGCGAGCUUGCAGUGGUACAAGAAGGCACUCCAAAUGAUCUUCAAAUACAAAACGUCCAACCCCGACCUGUGGGAGACGUUCAAAGCGACCUUUGACGCCGCGAAACACAAAUGCCACCGCCAGCCAACUCUGAAUGGAUCGCCAUCCAAGGCUGGGUCCAUGCGUGUGUCGUCACCCCAAUUUACCUUUGAGAAUUCUCGCAUUGCUCAAGGCGCACCAACUCCACCGGCGCCCGGCCGACAACUUCACCAGUCGAGAUCCCACCACCAGCCAGCCCCUACGACGUCCUUUGGAGCUGCGCAGCAAGUGUAUCAACCGUCCAAGCCGUCGACGAAACCUGCCCGACCAACGUCUGCUCGCCCCCGACCUACUCUCUCCAAGCCAACCCCCUUGAACACUCUUGCGCUGCACCACCAUGCCACCGUAGCCACUUCUCCACCGAAACGAACCCUCAAGCCCCGCACCUCAUCCAAGACGCACCACCAUCGCCCACCAGCCCAACGAAGAACAGUCGAACCCCCCAAGGUCGCCCCGAUUUUUUCCCAAUUGCGUCCGAAAAGCGCACGGCCAUCGCAGCGCCUUCGUCAUGCCGUGCAAGCGUCCCGCAGCCCUGGCGAUGACGACGACGAUAUGGUCGAAGUAUUUGAAGACGGAGACGGCGACGACGACGACGUGUUGCAGGUAUUUGACCACGUUGCAACUCAACGGGUGGACGUCAGGCGCCCAGGUCGGCCGAUUCAACCUGCCAAGCUGCAUGCAAAGCCAAACUCGACGCAGCCACGUGAGCAAGCCCGUGCGGAUGCCCCCAACGAGAUGACGAUGUCCCCAGUGCCCUCCGAACGCGUAUCUCACUUGGCCUACAUCAAGCAACUCAAACACUCGGUUGAUCCGAAUGUGCCCCCGACAAACUGUUUGGACAUCACGCGGCGUCGCAAGUUGGCACUUGAACUCGAACGCGUCCAGCGAGUGGCAGCGCUGCGUUUGCAAGCGCUGUGUAGGGGGCACAUAGUGCGCACGCGAACAGCAGCUGCGCAUCGCGACCGACUCCGCUCCAAAGAACUCGAAGCGGCGCGGCUCGUUCAAGCAAAGAUCCGAGGAGGAGACCGUCAGUCGUGCCUCAUGAAGACACGUAUCGAGCUCGAACUCGCCAGGAUACAUGCCACGGCCGCCACGCGAAUGCAAGCCGUAUGGCGCGGAGCGAACCAGCGACGUCAUUGCCAAGCGCACAAAGGUGGCGUCGACGGCGUUCCAGUAGCUCCACUGCGUACUGACUCGAUACCGAAUCGGUUGGUUUCGACCGAGGGCAGCAGCACCGAGUGUGUCGAUUUCACGAUGGACAAGGCCCGUGUGGCGUGGGAACGUCGGCGAUUGCUGGACGCGACCAUGGAGCGCGAGCGACUGCGGCAGGAAGCGAAUCGGCUCGAGUUGGCACGAAAGCACAUGGAAGAGGCCACACAAGUGGAAACGAAGCGCCUUGCAGUGGAAGCAGCCAAAUUGGAGGCGGAGAAGCGACGGUUGGAACAACUGGCCGACCGAUUGCGUCUGGACGAAGUCAGGCAGGCGGACGCCCAGCGACAGAUCGAAGACGCUGCAAAAGCAGAAAACGCUGCAAUGAAACAGCGCCAGGUCGAGUUUGAACGCGCCAACGAAGAAGGACGCCUCGCACAAGCGGCAAGCGUAAAUGCUGAAGCCAACCGACGCAUUGUAAUAGAACAUGUCAGACAAGCGGCCAAGCAACUCGACGAGCGUGCGCAACGAGAGGAAGCCCAGCGCCGCGAGGACGAAGCGAACACAGCAGCGCGGUUUAAGGACGAACGGCUCGAUGCCAUCGCACAAACCGACGAGCAGAUGCGUGACCACGAAGCUGCGAAAAUAGCAGUGGAAGUGCUAACGCUCAGCCAAGCCUCGAAUCCCGAGCGGCUGCGAGAGAUCGAAGCAGCUCAACAAAUGGAGGCAGAGCGACCUGAGUUGGAAGGGCUGGCCAAGGCUAAUGCAGCAGCGCGACAGGCUGAAUUAGAAAAACCACGGCAAAACGAUGCCGUCGAAGCCUUGCGAAUACGCUGGAUCCACGAAGCUGCAGACGCGGAACGACUGGAGGCGGCUACGGCAGAGAGGACGCAGCAUGCUGCUCUAGCGGACACCGAAGCGACAAAGGUGGCAGCGGAGAAGGAGACGGUUCGACUGGAAGAUCUCGCCAAUGCUGGAUUGAUUGCUCGACAAGGAGCAGACACCGAGGCGAAAAAUGAAUCGAUACAGUUAGACAACGAGGCAGACGACGAACGGACGCGCCUUUCAAAGGCAGCGGAGGUCGACCGCCGGCAGAAGGAACUUGAUAAAGAACUGCAAGACAAAGCUCGAGCCGAAGCGGAUCUCGUGGCAGCCCAGACAAAGGAGGUUCGAGACAUGGCGGCGGGAGUCAUUCAAGGCGUGUACAAGGGAGGUGCAGCACGGGCGUCGGUGAUGGCGCUCGUUGCACGAAAGUUGAGCCGCAAGUACAUCCUGCAACUGCAUUUGAACAUCGAGAUGAACCGUGCGCUAACGAUCGAGAUGGAAAGAAUCAAGAGCGCUGUCACGAUCCAGCAGCAUGCGCGAGGGAUGCUGUGCCGCAAGCAUCUCAGUUCCAUGUCGGCAACCCAACCACCGACACAACUCCUCGACAACUCGACGUCGAACAAGUCCAUUUCGCCAACGUAUAGCCAGGCAUCGUUUGACAGCCACAAGUCCACAACUUUGGAGCCCCAGUACCUUGACACGCAGGGACCCUCAUGCCAAGAGGGAGAUGCAACACACACGACCACAAUCCUCGACGCUCCAGAGCUCCAGGAACCAUUGACGCAUGCCCCAGUCGAUACUUUGCAACUGCAUGUCCAGGUUGUCGCUGCGACCGCGAUUCAAGCAAUCGUUCGUGGCCACCAGUCGAGACUGCUCGUGCUAGCGAUCCGAGCUGGAAUGGAUGGAGCUGCCGGGAAAAUCCAGCGAGCGGUCGUGAGGCAUCAGUUAUGUAAACGUGCUGCAGAUGCGCGACCUCAGCCUUCGACCUCCACCGCCUAUAUUGCCCGACCACCGGACACCAUGGCGUGUUUUCCUACCGGACCUACCGACGCCUCGAAUGACCGCCGCUACGAAGAGCACGCGGCGGCCGUCCAGAAACUGGCAGCGUCGGUGAUCCAAGCCGCCGUUCGGGAUGGAACGAGUCGGCGCGAUUCGAAACUCGAGCGCGCCAUGGCGCACCGGUUGGCAGAGGCGUGUGGGGACACAAUCAAGCGAUGCUGGAUAGACACGGACGAACAAGACAUGGCCAAGCGACUCGGGGCCGUGACGUGGACGGUGCUCGACCUCUCGCGGCAAAAUGCACGAGAGCUCGAGAUGGCAAAACGACUCGCUCAUGCGUGUGUCGAAAAGUGUGUUGAACGCCAUGAGAGCCAGCUACACCAAGCGAUGGCCGCACGGCUGGCAGGUGCGUGUUGGGGUGCCGUCCGCGCCAAAGCGAUCCGUCGGGCCAGGCAUGCGCCGUCGUUAGGUCACCAGCAGGUGGACCACGCGAGAAACAGCGACAAAACACACCGGGACAUCGUAGUGGCAUCUCAAGGCGGCAUCGUGGACAGUCGUGGAAGCAUGGAGCAUCCGUCAAACUACGCUGACAUUGCCCACGGGAUGGCUAUCGACUCGAUGGCGGCUACAAAAGCGGACGCGACGGUGAAACUCAAGGCAGAAGCUCCACUGCGCGCUGAUGCACCCCCAAAAUCGACAAGUGAGGUUGACCCAGUGGCGUCGAUGGUGCGCGGCAUGGCGGCCACAUGCAUCCAGGCCGCGCUGAAGGGGUACACGACAAGGAGGCAUUACUUGGCACUGAAAGAGUACAUGGCGGCGUCGGCCUCUGACCCGUCGACUCGACCAUCGGAGAACGCGCCAGACCCUUCCCAAGACCCGCUGCAAGAAACCCAUCGUGAUACAUUGCAUGACGUGACUGUCCAGCACGUUGCGGCCACGUACAUCCAGGCGGCAAUCAAACGCUACUUAGUUCGAGCAUACCAUCCACUGCUUGCGUGUUUGGGCGACCCACGACCCCCUGGCGAGGAGCAAGCGCCAACUGGUCAUGCCUCUACCGCAUCACUGCAGGUCGUCGCGGGCGUCGAAAGCCCUGUCGCCGCGACUCCAACACACGCUGCCAUGACAACGUCACCACGAGCCGACAGCCACACGCCAAGCGUCACUCCGGGGACCCCGCAAGCGGACGCAUCGCCAACGUCGUCUGGCUUUUCCUGCCAGUACAGCAACAGUUCGUUUGUGUCGGAUAAACCACCGAGUGAGCCGUCCGUUCACGACAGCCAUUCGUUUCUCCCAGCCGCUCCCCUCCCACCGAGCGCUAGCCAAGGCUCAUUCAUCCCAUCGAGCGCCAGCCAAGGCUCAUUCUACUCGGACAUUCAUGACGAAGCACGCCAUGACGUUGACUCGGCCGGCGGGUCACUCGGCGAUGUGCUCGCAGCCACACCCGCGACGCUUGCCAAAUACUCCGUAUUCGUCGGUGCCUUGCCGACCGCGCCACCGCCAAACGACCUCGACGCCAGGGCAUUGAUCGCGCUCGACCUCACGUUUGAAUCGUUUUUGGAAGCUUUCGAGUCGGCAUACGAUGACAUUAGCGUCGCGGCCGCCGCUGAUGCACUACGAGUGUUGGCCCACAACGAGCCGAAAUGGAAAACAAAGGCAGCGCUCGAGCGAGUUGCUGGUCUGAUAGAGCCCAAGGUCCACGAUCGAGACUUGUGGACGGACGAAGUGAAUGGGUGCUGCAUGUGGCUGCUCCAUGAGUGGUUGGGCGCGGCCGACGAGUAGUUGAACACCGCACGAUGGAGCCAUCCCCAUAAUUUAUACCAACGACGACGUUGUGAAUGCCAGACAUUAGCACGUCAGCGAUGCGAACCAGUCAAUGUUACGUGGGCCACGGCAGUUUGCAAAUAGCUCAACCACGGACAGAGCAGGACGACGCUUCGUUCGAGCGAACUCGUCGACUUCCACGGCCGCAACCGGCGUCA